AAUAUUGAUAUUGGUGCAGUAGCUACUAGAGCCGCCGUGCUAGUUAGUGGCUGUCAUGUUUAGGCUAGUAUCUCGCUGCUCUAGGCUGCUACGCUCACCCAAGUACACAAGAGGCCACUCAAGACAUGUAGCAAGGAGAUCUGUGGCUUCAAAUGCUGUAAUCGCGGGUCUAGGUGCUGCCACACUAGCUGGCUUAGCUUGGAACGGCUACAAGUCUACAGCUAACUGCGCUGCUGCCGAAGAGUCUCUCUCAGCAGGAGCUGCUCGCCCUGGGUUGCCUGAAUACAGACUGGAGGAGGUGGCUACUCACAAAACAGAAGAUACUGGAAUAUGGGUCACUUAUAAAGAUGGUGUUUACGAUAUCUCAGAGUUCAUAGCCACUCAUCCCGGAGGCAGUGAGAAGAUCAUCCUAGCAGCCGGUGCUUCCAUAGAGCCUUAUUGGGAGGUCUUUGCUGCUCACAACACUGCCGAGGUACAAGACAUGCUGGAGGAGCUGAGGAUUGGGAACGUCCAUCCAUCUGAUCGCAGUCAAUCUAAAGGGGUUAUGGUGGAUGGUCCCUAUGCUAACGACCCUACAAGAUCUCCAGUCCUCAAAGUGAACACACAAACACCGUUCAAUGCUGAGACGCCCACCGUGCUACUAUCUGAAGCUUACAUCACUCCCAAUAACUUGUUCUUUGUACGCAAUCAUUUACCCGUACCUGAUGUCGACCCACAGAACUAUGUCCUGGAGGUCAAAGGUGAAGGGAGCAAGCCCGUACGCUUGACACUGGAAGAUCUGAGGUCAAAGUUUAAGCAGUACAGCAUAACAGCGGCCGUUCAGUGUGCGGGAAAUCGCCGAUCAGAGCUAGCGGAGGUGAAGAAAGUGAAGGGCCUCAACUGGACAGGGGGAGCCAUCGGAAACGCAGCCUGGAGUGGUGUGCGUCUGCGUGAUGUUCUACUAUAUGCUGGACUAGAAGACUGUGAGAGCUGCACUCUCAAGCACAUUCAUUUGGAGGGACUGGACAACAACCCAGUCACCGGGGAGUGCUAUGGCGCCUCCAUUCCUAUAGAGAAAGCCAUGGACCCUCGAGGAGACUGUCUGCUAGCCUUGGAGAUGAAUGGAGAGCCGCUCCCUCGUGAUCACGGCUACCCUCUCAGGGCGCUAGUGCCAGGAACUGUUGGAGCUCGCAAUGUCAAGUGGUUGACACGUAUCGAGGCUAGUACUAAAGAAUAUCCGGGACAUUGGCAGCAGAAUGAUUACAAGGGGUUUUCCCCUGGUGUGGACUGGGACACUGUUGACUUCAGCACUGCACCAGCCAUACAGGAGCUUCCAGUGACGUCCCUCAUCACAUCCCCCCAGGGAGGGGUGACUUUGGUGCGCUCUGACGAGGCAGUGAGUGUGAGGGGUGUGGCUUGGAGUGGGGGUGGGCGUGAAGUGGUACGUGUAGAUGUGAGCAGUGAUGGUGGCCACACAUGGACAACUGCUGAGCUCAGUAAUACUAAGGACCAACCACUCGGCAGAGCAUGGGCUUGGAAACUUUGGGAAGCCACAGUCCCCCUGCCUAAGGAAGGUAACGCUGAGCUGUGCUGUAAGGCAGUGGACAUGUCAUACAAUGUGCAACCAGACACCACUGCUCCUAUCUGGAACCUCAGAGGAUGUCUCUCUAAUGCCUGGCACAGAGUGAACUGUACCAUCAAGUGAUCUAUCUAGGACUGUAUUAUUUUUUUAAUUAUAGCUUUAUCAUUGAUGUCGAUCAUGCUGCACUUCUAUAGAUCUAUUAACGACUUGUUUAACAACAACUGA